AUCAGCUGUUUGGACUCUCAUCCUGACGGCACCCAUUCACUGGUGAGCAAGUGAUGCAACGCUGAUGAAACAAACUCAUCUACAUCAUGGAUGGCCUGAAGUUUUCUGUCCACUAAGCGCACAGUGGGAGUGUCCGUCUCAUUCAAGCGGGUUCCUUCUCCAACGCUGCUGUCAUUUACAAGCAGAAAAGACACAAAGGGAGAUCAGUGAUGAAGGUGCAAAGCUUCCCUCACGUGAGAGCUGGAUGUGUGCUGUGACCGUCUCCUCUGAUGUCCGGCGCAGGUGCAUCAUUUCCCGCAUUGAUCAGCUGAGCCUCGACCAUCAGCAUCAGCAUCAGCAUCAGGCGGUCUGAGUGAACUGAGCCAUACUCAGGCUUCCCGUCUGGAUCUCCUCCGUCGCUCUCUUCCUGCUCUCCGUUCCCCGGAUCCUCAGGCUGAAGACCUCCUCCAUCAUCCCAGAUCAGACCUUUGAGACGCGAGAUUUGUGCCCCGUCCAGAGCCGCCAGAGCCCCUCAGGGCCCACGGGCAAAGCGGCACUUUAGGACUGACUGUCUGCGAGUCAUGAGUGAAUUCUGGCUGUGCUUCAACUGCUGUAUCGCCGAGCAGCCGCAGCCGAAGCGGCGGAGACGUAUAGAUCGGAGUAUGAUCGGCGAGCCCACCAAUUUUGUCCACACGGCCCACGUAGGCUCUGGAGAUAUCUUCAGUGGCAUUAACUCUGUGAACUCAAUCCAGAACCAAAUGCAGUCUAAAGGAGGCUAUGGAGGAGAGGCCAUGUCUGUUAACGUACAGAUGCAGCUGGUGGACACAAAAGCAGGAUAACUGGUGUUGUUUGGAAGGGGGUCGUACUUUUCGUACUGGCUCCCUUCCAGCAGCUUCUCACCUCAUUCUUACCCAGCAAACACAUGGACAGUUGUGCACCUGGUAAAGAGGCCGUCCUGGCCAUUGGACAGCAGGAUCCCACAGCGCUUCAGUGUUGUGUCCGUUACUGCUCGCAUCGCAUGCCCCUCCAGCCUAGGAGUGCAAAGUGUGUCCCUGCUUUUUUUCUGUGGUGUGCUGUAAACUCUUGUUUUUUCCAUCACGCACAUUUGUGGGCCUGGAGCCAGUAGGAACAGUUGUUUUGGGUUGGUUCUCUUUAGCUUGCUCAUUUCGCCAUGAAAAGACUUUGCUUCGUUUUUGAUUCCGUGAUCCGCACAGAGCCGACAACAAUGUUUGUAUGAGAAAGUGGCUGCUUACAGUCAUGCGGUGCCACACUGCUCAGUGCAAUGGAAAGACAAGAAGUACUUCGAUUCUUACUUUGCUGUUUACAGUGUUCCUGAUUGUUUUCAAUGCAAUGAUUUUAAAGAUUAGCAUAAUCACUGAUGUUGAAAGGCAUGAGGGGAAUUUCACCCUCAGCUGUGUCAAUGUAUGUCUGUAACUUGAUGUAAAGCAACUAAGAUAGUGUACAGAUAAAAUGUAUAAAAACAUUUUUAUUAGUUCUAGUGCUCUUUAUCGAUGUAGCUACAGGGGCAUUUCAGUAAAUAAGGUAACGAGUAAAUUUACUCAGGUAAUAUGGCCACAAAACAGCGCCACCUAUCGGCCAUAACGUCCAGUUUGAAGACGACUGGACUCGUCAUAUAGAUCCUAAUAAAACUUUAAGAUGCACAAUAAGAGUAUGUUUCUGAGCCCUUAAGAAGACAUAGUGAUGGAAAACAUGAGAUUUUGAGUAUGCUUGCAAAGGUUUAGCUUUUCCCUGUUGAUGGAAAUAACAUGAGAUUGAAGGGGAAACAAACUUUUUGGGGGUGUGUGCAGUACUUUUGCAAGCAAAUGUACAUUUUCUUAUGUGAAUGCAAAAUAUUGACUUUUUUUUUUUUUUUUUUUACAUCACCACGUUCCUUUAGGGGCUCCAUAUUAAAAGACACAAUGGAAGCUGAAAUGAACUGCUUGCUUGUAGAGAUUAUCCAACCAAAAUAUUAUGGAAAUAUUAAACGUGUACCUUAUUUACUGAAAGGCCUUCACGUUAUAAAGUCACAGACUGGUUUCUGGGAUCAUUCCUCUCUCUCUUGCCUAGUUUCAUUCAAAUGUUGUUCUAGAACUUAUAUUUUUAUUUUUGGUAGAGUUAUAUUCUCUCAAAAAGGUGGUGAUAAAUCUCACGAAACCUGUCGAGAACAAGUAAGUCCUGAUUAAAUUUAAGGCCCGAAAAUGAAGAGACCACCCCCACAAAUGUUCCAUAGUUAUUUAAAAAGUCAAUUUUUAGGAGCAUUAAUAUUAUUGCAUUGUGUUAUGUAAUGUUCAUAAUUCAAUAACCUCCACACCCUUCACUUCUCAUUACCAUGACGCAAAAAAAACCCCAAAAAAAACCCAACAGAUUUGAAUAAGAAAUAACCUAAAAAAUAUAAUAAUAAAUGAUAAUGAAAGAUAAUAAUGAAAAU